AUGAACAAAUAUAAUUUAAGAUUUAAAGAUUAAGAGAUUGAAAAAAAAUAUUAAAUUCAUAAAGUUAAGGACAUUUAAUUUCCAACCUUAACAUACUUAACUUUGGGCAGUACUCCUUUAUUACUCAUAUUUGCAAUUACGAGUUUAAUUAACAUAGACUACACAAAUGCCCUCAUCAACGGAAUAUUACUUGUCUACAUGCUAAUUUAAUAUCUAGUCCUUCGAAAAAAUGAGCACCUAAGAGUUAAUUAUUGUAAUUUAGCCUUAAUGUUAACCAAUUUUGCAUCUUUAUAUUAUGAAAUAUCGCCAAAAUAAUCUGACUAUUACAAUGGCUACAUCAUGGGAUCUAAUUAAAUGUUAAUUCAUACUUUGUUGAUGUUUGCAUGUAAUUUAGAGAUUGGGGUUUUCAGCAAUCUAGUUCUCACAGUUGUAAGAGUGAUUUUGGCGGUAGAAAACUCUGAAAGCAUGACACUCUUAUAGUAUUUGCAAACCAUAAUUAUGGCAUGUAGUUUUAUUAUAGUGCAAUAUCAAAUUGAAAGAUAGUUCAGAGAUUCAUAUUUAUUGUCAUUAAAAGACAACACUUGGGAAAUUUUAAUCCCUCAAUUAUUGAAAAAGCCAUUUUUUAUUUUUGCUUUUAACUAAGAAGUAAACAUGUACUAAGCCAUCAUGAGUAAUCGGAAUUCGUUUUUUAAUUCUGAUUCUCCCCUAACUACCUUCCUAUUUUAAUCUAAAGUGAAGAAAAAAUCACUUGAGGCUUAUUUAGUCAAGAAAUCAAAUCAAAAAGGAAAAUUUAGUUAGUUACCUUGUUUGUUUAAUUAAUAAGUGAACUUAGAAUAUUAAUUAAAGAAAUUAUAGGUUUCAAUAAUAGGAUGUAAGUUUGAAAGAAUAAUAUACGCUGUUAUAAUUGAUUCGGAAGAUCCUCUUUUGAGAGAGUCAAAAAUUAAAUUUAAUCAAUCUCUACAAUAAUGUAAAGAUAUUUUAAAUGCUUAAAUAUUGUCCAUAAAUAAGGUGUUAACUCUGUAUUUAUCAGAAACGUAUAGUUCUUUAAUUAGAAAUUUAAGAAUAUCCCUCUAUGAAAUCUAUUAUAAGUAGGUUGAUAAUAAAAAGGUGUAAUCAGUGAAAAUGAAGAAACUGUUACUUAAGUGUCAGAGGAUAUUUGAGACUCCUACCAAUAAAAUUAAGAUUGAUUGUCAAGAAUUUACAAAAUUUGCAACCAUAAAAUCUACAUUAUUAAUAUUUCUAUUUGAAAUUUUGAAGUUGGUAGAAGGUAACCAAUAGGUUUUUCUAUUGGUGAAUCAAAAUAUCACAACUACAUUAUUUGUAUAUGGGAUAAAAAAUUUACCCACAUCUGCACUUUUUGAAGAGAGUAGAAAAGUGUUAGUUGAAAAAACUCUGUACACUGCAUAAUAUUACUCUUUUGAAUUCAUGAAAUCUCCAUAAUCUACUUUUAAUUAUGAAAAUUAAAUUAAAUAAGAAUCAAUAGCUUGA